AUGUGCGGUGGGUGCUGCCGCCGCCAACGCGGCCCCGACGGGACGCCCGUCGUCGGCGGCGCCGGUGGCCGCCGCCGGGGCUGCGGGACCGUGCUCACCGUGCUGGCCCUGGCGGUGUCCGCGGCGGUCGCUUUCCUGGAGAGCACGGCCGGCGGGGUCUCCUACGCGGGGGACGGGUGGCUGCACGAGUGCGCCAAGUGGGACGCCGAGGGCGGCCGGUUCCUGGCGUCCACCUUCUUCGGCGGCGGCGUGGCGGAGGUGCGCGCCGGCGAGGCCGAGGAGCUGGUGGUCGUGGCGGACCCCGACGCUGCCGGCCGCGUCGCGCUGGGGCUCGCGAUCGACGCGCCCAGGCGGCGCCUUCUCCUCGUCUACGCCGACCGCCCGCCGCGCUUCGGCUACGCCGCGCUGGCCGCCUACGACCUCGGAUCGUGGCGCCGCCUCUUCCUCACACGCCUCGACGUGCCAGGUGAAUCUACAUUCCCCGACGAUGUCGCCGCCGACGAGGACGGCAACGCCUACGUGACCGACGCCAAGGGAAGCAAGAUCUGGAAGGUCAGCCCGGACGGCGUGCUGCUCGGCGUCAUCAAGAACGCCACGUUCAUGCAGCGACCGGGGCUGCGGCACAACUUGGUCGGCCUCAACGGCAUCAUAUACCACCCUAACGGCUACCUUCUCGUCGUCCACACCUCCGGCGGCGACCUUUUCAAGGUCGACCCGAAGACAGAGAGCGUGCGCGUCGUCAAGGUGCAGGGGUCGCUGAGGCAAGGGGACGGACUUGAGCUGCUCUCCCCGACGAGGCUGGUUGUCGCCGGCAUGCCGAAUCGGCUGGUGGAGAGCUCCGACGACUGGGAGACCGCGAGCGUCACCGCGCAGUACGUGGGGCCCAUCCACCGGGUCGGGUCGUCGGCCACGGUAAAGGACGGGGACGUGUACAUCAACCACAUUCUCGGGUUCGGGCUCGGCAAGAAGAAGACGCACGUCCUUGCGAGGGCGGUGUUCUCGCCGUCGGCCGCAGCGAGUUGA